UGCUUUGGGAGAACGCCGCUCGCUUCCCAUUCUUCCUCAUACACAGACACACAACAUGGCGGUCUAGAAUGGUCGACCGACGCGCCCGAGCAGACGAACUGUGGGAUUUAGCCCCGAAUAUGACCGGAGGACACAUCUUGAAGAGGCGAUCUAUGAGGGCGGAUUAAGGAAUUGAAUCGGAAUUGCGACACUUUUCCUUGGAUUGACCACGUCAACUGACAGCGGAGUGUUGGCGGCGUAUCCCAGAUCUCGUUCGCCUCCCUCUUCUGAUAUCGCCAGGUCCCCCACCCCGCUCUCCCUCUCGGCUCCAGGGGUGUGGAGACCGGGGCCGAUAGCGUGGACAAGCAAUCGGGCCCACAUUCCGACUUUCUUUGGCCUUUCCUCCCUCCUUCAGAGCUUCCUUUGGGCGUUACUGGAGUCUUGAAAACUGCUGUGCGAAUGAGUGACUGAUCUCAACUCCGCUUUUUCGGGGCAGAAUGGGUGUGUGUCCCUUGCUCCUGUUGCUAGGUCUCGCCCUCGGGGUCUCAACCCAAGAUCAUGUCCUGGUCACAAGUACUCCAAAUAUUUCUACAAACUCAACACAGCCUCCCACGGCACGUGUCAUCAACAUCACCACCGCACCCACACUCUCCCCCACUGUGCCACCCGCAACAGCGCCCCACGGAGCCGCCCCGACGACAACAGCAAUAGCAAAAGCGGCCGUUGCCGAGGAUGUCCAAGAAGAAGGUUCCAACGCCACCAUCAUUUUGGCAACGAUCCCUCCACCCCCACCUCAAGCGCCGACUGAUGGCCCUCUGCCAACGCUCAGCCCAGUGACUCCAUCUCCUACCACUUUAGUGGACAGUGAGAAUGGGACCACACCAUCCAUUCUAGACAGCCCUACACCUGACCUAUAUGAUGACAUGACCAUGGAGACGGAGACCACCGCAGAACCUGACAGGGAUUACACCCCAGAUGGUACCCCGCAUGACAACAACCCUUCUGAUGACAUGCCAAUCAUAGCGGUGAUGGUGGCCCUGUCUUCCUUGUUGGUCAUUAUAUUUAUCAUCAUCAUCCUCUACAUGCUCAGGUUUAAAAAAUACAAGCAGGCAGGAAGCCACUCCAACUCCUUCCGAUUGACCAAUGGAAGAUCAGAUGAUACAGAACUCCAGAGUGUUCCGCUAUUGGCCCGUUCUCCCAGCACAAACAGGAAGUACCCACCCCUUCCUGUCGACAAGCUCGAGGAAGAAAUGAAUCGUCGCAUGGCUGAUGACAACAAGCUAUUCAGGGAGGAGUUUAACGCUCUGCCAGUCUGCCCCAUUCAGGCGACGUGUGACGCCGCAUCCAAGGAAGAGAAUAAAGAAAAGAACAGAUAUGUCAACAUCCUGCCCUAUGAUCACUCCAGGGUGCAUCUGUCAUCCCUGGAAGGAGUGCCAGACUCUGACUUCAUCAAUGCCUCCUUUAUAAAUGGUUACCAAGAGAAGAAUAAGUUUAUUGCAGCUCAAGGACCCAAGGAGGAAACGGUAAAUGACUAUUGGCGGAUGAUCUGGGAGCAGAACACAGCCACCAUUGUGAUGGUGACCAAUCUGAAGGAGAGGAAAGAGUGUAAGUGUGCCCAGUACUGGCCGGACCAGGGCUGUUGGACAUAUGGGAACAUCCGUGUUUCUGUGGAAGACACAAUGGUUCUCGUAGAUUACACCAUCCGCAAGUUUUGUAUCCAACAGGUUGGGGAUGUAUCUGGAAAAAAGCCUCAAAGGCUCGUCACUCAGUUCCACUUCACCAGCUGGCCGGAUUUCGGCGUUCCUUUUACGCCCAUUGGUAUGCUGAAGUUUCUCAAGAAAGUCAAAACGUACAACCCUCAAUAUGCUGGUCCCAUUGUGGUCCAUUGUAGCGCGGGAGUGGGAAGAACGGGUACGUUCAUGGUGAUAGAUGCCAUGUUGGAUAUGAUGAACACCGAGAGGAAGGUGGACGUGUUUGGGUUUGUCACCAGGAUUCGAGCCCAGAGAUGUCAGAUGGUCCAGACUGAUAUGCAGUACGUGUUCAUCUUCCAAGCGUUGUUAGAGCACUAUUUGUACGGAGACACUGAGCUGGAGGUGACUUCUCUGGAGUCCCACCUGGCUAAAUUGUACGCCCCUUCGCCAGGAGCCGGCUGCAGUGGUUUGGAGGCUGAAUUCAAGAAACUGACAUCCAUCAAAAUCCAGAAUGACAAGAUGAGAACAGGCAAUCUGCCUGCCAACAUGAAGAAGAACCGAGUACUACAGAUCAUUCCAUACGAGUUCAACAGAGUGAUCAUUCCGGUCAAACGAGGGGAGGAGAACACCGACUAUGUCAACGCGUCUUUCAUUGACGGCUACCGUCAGAAAGACUCGUACAUGGCAAGCCAAGGCCCCCUGCAGCACACUAUCGAGGACUUCUGGAGAAUGAUCUGGGAAUGGAGAAGCUGCUCAAUAGUCAUGCUCACUGAGCUGGAGGAGAGAGGGCAGGAAAAGUGUGCUCAGUAUUGGCCCAGUGAUGGCGUGGUGGCCUACGGUGACAUCUCCAUUGAACUUAAAAGGGAGGAAGAAAGUGAGAGCUACACAGUGCGGGACCUGCUGGUUACCAACAACAGGGAGAACAAAGCUCGAGCAGUGCGUCUGUUUCAUUUCCAUGGCUGGCCAGAAGUGGGCAUCCCCACUGACGGUAAAGGCAUGAUCAAUAUAAUUGCUGCAGUGCAGAAACAGCAGCAGCAGUCCGGCAACCAUCCGAUCACAGUACACUGCAGUGCCGGUGCGGGCAGGACAGGGACAUUCUGUGCAUUGAGUACAGUUCUGGAGAGGGUGAAGGCAGAAGGCAUUUUGGAUGUUUUCCAAACAGUCAAGAGUCUCAGAUUGCAAAGACCCCACAUGGUGCAGACACUGGAGCAGUACGAAUUCUGUUACAAAGUUGUCCAGGAGUAUAUUGAUGCCUUUUCUGACUAUGCCAAUUUCAAAUAGAGACCCGCCACGGAUAGUUGGAUGGAUGUCUACAUAUCAUACUAACACCACGUGCAUGCACCAGAACACACACGAACAUGAGCGUGCAGAAAGCUGCAUACUUCCAGCUGCAAAAUUGUUUUCCUUUUCAAAGUGACACAUCACAUUACGGUUCUGUGGAUGGGACAAACUGCCUGCAGAAAAAGGGAACCGAGUUUUCAGUCUGGAUGGGAGGGCAGUGCAGAAAGGAGAUGCCUUUUUGAGUAUUUUGUAACAUUGCUCUUGUUGAUACAGCCCAUGAUUUUACUUACAUCGACAUAUUUACUGUGUUGCAUCGUUUAACUUUUAUUUUCGGACACAGUUUGGAGUUUGGCUGCAUUUUUGGGUGGCACCUGUAAAUUUUAAUGCUAUAUAUAUAUUAUAAAAUUCUAUAUGAAUACAAAACUAAUGCUUUGGAGGUUUAUGUAAAAUAUUGCUUUUUUUUUUUUAACUCGCUAAGGACUGAAAACAUCUGAAGCGCCAUGCUGUAGUAACGUACAGUGACAAAGGCGUAAGAUGAACGUGAGAUUUUGGCAGAUCAAUUCAUUCUCACAGAAUUAGUCGUUAUUGUUAUUAGUAUUUUCACACCACUUUGCAAUUCAAAUGUACCAAAUGCACAUUGACAGCAGCCUGGUGCAGUUUUCGGAGGACGUAUUUGUUUGCAUUUAAAAUGCAUGCUGGUGGAGAGGUCACAGUGGCUUCUAAUGUAUGAGCAGAUAGCCAAAGGUUAUCUGUAACUUGGUUCUGCAGCUAAGGAGGCACUUGGAAAAAUAAUUAUUACGGAUCUUUGUCGGACUGGACAACAGCAGUAUUAUGCUUUUGUUUUUUUUCUCCCCAAUAUAUGGGCAAAUGUAAUCAAACAUAACACUUGAGUCAUUCAGUCCCACUUAAGCAUAAUCCUCCGCAGAGUAGAAAUUUAUUAAUUAGGAACAUUUUUGGAAGAACCCUGACCUCAACACAUUGAGAGAAUAAAUAGAUCGGCCUCAAAGUCUUUCCAGGAGAGUGUAAACAGAGUUUUUGCCUGUAAAAGGGAGCCCAACUCCAUAGAGUAUUUACUUCCGUUUUCUUUUCUGUAUGGUCAGCUAUCCCAAUACUUUUAUCCAUAUAUGUCAGGUAAAAACAGCACAUGCACAUCGCAGUAUUUCCUCCAAAGUUGUGUUGAGCCUUUCUUGUAUCACUCAGACGCUGUUUUGUCGCUUUUUAAAAGAAUGUCCAUUCAUUCCCACCACCAUGUUGAAGAAUGCCACUUUUUAUUCGAAUGCUGUUUUCUAACAGAAGUAGGUAUUUCCUUCUUUUUUUUUUCCCCCACACUGUGUGCCAUGCUGUGUUACUCAUUUCAUUUUUUUCUCCAAAUUGCUGUUCUCUGUGAAACACUCACACUUGAACUACCAGUACCAUUACAGAUGAGGGUUAUCUCCUCUUGAUGAUUGUAAUGAAAUAAUGAAUGAUAUCAAUUAAGAUUAUAAAUCAACCAUGAUCUUUGCUGGAGCAAACCCAGGAAAUGAAGCUCAUCCUCACACACUGGAAAACAAUAAAAAGAGAGCAAGACAGAUAUCCACAGUUUGGAACAGCAAUUUUCAUAUUACAAUUUAUUCCAUUUUCACAGAGCAAUUGGAGAAAAUACGGGGGGGGGGGGAAUACCAAUGUAAAUGGAACUCAAAAAAUUCCCGAUGCACACUGAAAUUCUAUGGACUGAUUAUCCAUUCAAAUUAUUUGUUGUCGAAAUCACUUCAAUAUUUUUAUGUCAUUAUAACACAAACCACAAUGAAAAUCUAACCUCCUUUGACUUGGGUAGAAAACCUCCUUAGAGGUUAUGACGCUUUUGAAUUGCUUUAAUGAUAACCCAUCUAAAACAGAUUUGCAUUUGAACACAAUUUGCCUCUAAUGUGACAACUUGUUUGCAGUGUACCAAAUCAUUACAAGUACAUGCAGCAUUUUUCGUGGUGUGUCGGGAGCAGUUGUCGAUGACUCAUGCACUAUGUGCACCAGAAAGAAAGAUUGAAAUUAAAGACCCGCAUCAUGAUUAAAAUUGUGGAAAUUUGUCGAAACCUUCUAUUCAUCCACUGUAGGGAUUUAAAGUAGCAAAUGUUUGACCAGCCACUAAAAUUAAUGUUUGUGCAUUGUGAAAUUCACCCCACCCCCCACAUUUCGUUCCUCCGUUUGACUCGUAAAGUUACCAGUCCAAGAAUCGGACGAGUAUCAGCUUGAUUGUCAAUUUGUGCUCACUGUGUUUGAAUCAUGAGACACUUUGCCAACAUGACACUGUGCCAACUCAUGUAAACCACAAUUUUGCUUGAAAAGUGCCUCAUAUUAAAAAAAAAAAAAGAAAAGACAAUUACUAUGUGGUAGAACCUUAAAUGGUUUCUUUUCUAUUAAUAUAAGCAAAAUGUGCAGAAUGUUUUGCGAAACAUGGAACCAAAACCAAAUCAGUCAUCUUUUCAUUCUUGCUCUAUCCAUUUCCAUAGAAAUGGAAAAUAUCCCUUGGUUGUGAGAAGCCAACUUUUUGAGGCGGGAAUGUACUUGCCAUAUGUCGGGAAAUGACCCAACAUUGGCAAAAGGUGUAAUUCAUCUGCCCCAUGCACAGUGGCUAGAACAGCACCAAGGGAAACCGUUUCAUGGUUGCAAAGACUAACUACUUUACUCUUCUCUCCACCUAAAUGUCGUCUUUAUGUCUCCAACUGCACUCGUUCGUCCCUUUUCCUCGCUGACGUUUACCUUGGACCAUCAUCUUCCUGUUGGUCCAGGUUGAAUGAUUUUCCCUACUUUGUACAUAAUGUAAGGUUAUUUAUGAUUCAUUCCUGUCUGCUGCCUUCUUAUUUUAUUUCCUUUCCACCCCCACGCCCUUCCCCUGCCUUUUUUGGAGAAAAAAAAGAAGCUGUAUAUUGAAUUGUAACGGGACCAUUUUGAAAUGUAUUGGCUGUUUUGUUUGCAUUUUUUAACUGGUAUAAUUGUCUUAAGAUAAUCCAACUUUUUAUUUGCCUAUGUUGGUUUCUAGUGUUUUGUUAUUCAACAUUUGAAUAUAUGUGUAUAUAAUUAUAUAUGAUAAAAUGAUAUAUAAUUAUAUAAUGCCAGAUGGCCUUUUUAAGCAAGAUAUUGUUCAAAACUAAUAAAGUGCUUGAGAUUUUUCUUCUCAGUUCAUA